AUGUUGAGAGCCGAAGGCUCCCUGCCAGCUGUCAGCCGGCUUGGUGGAAGCCAAGCGGACAAUGAGGAAGAGGAGGAGGAGGGGGAAGGGGGGCUGGAACAGCACUGUCCCCCGAACCCCUACCGGAUGCACCCCCCGCCCGAAGGAUGUUGCACCACGGACGGGUUCUGCCAGGCAGGGAAGGACCUGCGUCUCGUCUCCAUCUCCAGCGAGCCCAUCGAUGUCCCCGCGGGCUUCCUCCUGGUGGGCGCCAAGUCCCCCAGCCUGCCGGACCAUCUCCUGGUGUGUGCCGUUGACAAGAGGUUCUUGCCGGACGACGAUGGACACAACGCCCUUCUCGGUUUCUCUGGGAAUUGCGUUGGCUGUGGGAAGAAAGGCUUCUGUUACUUCACAGAGUUCUCCAGUCACAUGAACCUGAAGGUGACCACCCAGCCCAAGAAGCAGAAACACUUGAAAUAUUACCUGAUCCGCAACGCACAAGGGGCUCUGACCAAAGGGCCUCUCAUUUGCUGGAAAGGCUCAGAGUUCAGAAGCCGGCAGGCAUCCGCCAGUGCGUGUUCCAGCUCUCUGUUCCCACCGCCGGAGAGCUCUGGGCUGCCAGCUCCCUUCCCCAGCGAGCCUGGUCCUGGGUCCACCCCCAGCAUCCCGCUGGGAGCACCGCAGGCAGGACCAGCCUCCGAUCAUGCCUCACUAACCGCAGCCGUGGGUCCGGCUGUUUUCAACGGCAAAGAUUCCCCGAAGCACCAGCCGCUGGUGAAGCACAGCCUGUCCGCCGUGCCGCGUCCCUCGGCCUUAGGUAGCCUUGCCCGUCCUGUUCGGGGGCCUUACUGUGCUCUGGGUCAAGACGGUGGCGGGGUGGGAGGAUGGGGGAGCCCCCGCACCGAGGCCCCCGAGCCUCCUGGAACUGGGGGGCUUGGAAGGAGAGUCAGGCCAGGUCAGCAGGUGCCUCCUGAGUCCAUGGGGCUGUGCUCAGGCCCUGGCGCUGGGGGGGCCCUGGCUUCGGCCCCCCGACUUGGGUGGUGGGUGCGUCUGCCAAGACACAGUGGGAGCCCCGUAUGGGCAGGUGACCUGUCGCAUUGUGGGCCGCCCACCGUGAGAGCUGGAGAGUUCUGGAGAAAUGGGGCCACGUGGUGUCAUGGGAAGAUAGGGGCUCCAGAAUCAGAUGAACAAGAAUUCAAAACGCAGCUCUGUCAGGGGAUCAAGUCUCCUGGCUAA